UUUACUAUUUGACUAAUCAUUGCUAUCCUCAGAAUAUCUUGACUGGGAAGAAAUGCACAGCACAAUCUCACACACAUCACUAGUGAUGAGGGGGGGGUGUUACUGUUACAUAUCGGGAUAUUAUUUUUGAUGGUAUUGUUUUGACAAUUUUGCCAUUUUUAUUUUAUUGCAAGUUGGCUAUACCCACAUCAACUCCAGUAUUUUUCAUUCAUAGCUUUUUCAAUGGAGCCAAUUUGUUUUCAGCACUUUUAUUUCCAUGACUGAUCAACACUUAAAUAUGGCUCUUUCUUCUCCCAGACAUACGGUGAGCUAUAUGUUUGGAACAUAAAAAAAUCAUAGUAUUGAAUCUCAAUACAUAUAGAAUCGCAAUACAAAUCAUAUCGGUACCAAAGUAUCGAGGUCCCUGGCAAUUCCCAGCCCUACACAUCACGAGUUUCCAUCAUAGGCUGUACUGCCUAUUGUUGAGUAGGCUUACAACUGCAAUAAAUAAAAACAAAUCAUAUCGUGGGCUUUAGGCCUACUCACAUAUUUUACCUCGGGUGUGCUCUCCACAUUACUGUUUGUUUACCUUACAUGUUGGCAUUGGGGUGAUGGCUGUAGGGGAUGGGAAUUGUUAUCUAUAUUCUGCAGCCUAUUUUUCAACCAUGAAUAUAACAUUGGACAUGUUAAUUAUAUUUUUUAUUUUUCUAUGAUAUAUAUAAUCAAUUUAACUGAUCGAUGAUAAUGUUGCAUAAUGCAAUCAGUUGGCUCUUAUUGCGUUGCGCGCUCACUCAAAGCGCGCGUCCGGGAAUAGAUAAUUGAAUGGAUUUACAGGCACAGCAGCAGCGAGAGAGAGGUGCUUAUGUGUGUAUUGUAACUGGAAUAAACAGCGGCGAAGAGCACUGCAGAUCAACCAGAAUUCCAAUUGAAGGUCUUGCUUGACGUGUUACUCGGCCGUUGGACGUUCUUUGAAGAAACACUGAAGACUUUCAAUAGGCAGUUUCUCAUUUUCUUUCGUUGGAGAGAAGAACAGAGGACCAUAGCUGUGCUGGAGGUGGGGGGGGGGGGGACGGUGGAACAUCUAGGCUGAUGAUCUCAGCCCUCCAGCGGGUACAGACCCAGCAAGAGAGGGCCUGGAGGAGAGAGGCUGGCUGUGGAUCCCGUUGCCAGGCAGGGUGCAUUCUCUGGGGAUGGAAGCAGCAGGACUCCCCUGCGAGCUCCACAGAUCUCCAGGGUGUGAUUGUGUAGAAGAAUAGCCCCGCUGUUCUCUAAUCCCUCAGCUCCUCUCUUCAUCCCUCUCUCCCUCUACCCUGCUUUGUGAAUUGAGGAUGAGUGUGAGGUGGGACUCACACAGAGACAGGGUCAUGUCUAGGUCACUCUUCCUCCUCUUCCUCUGGUCCCUCUGCUCACCCUGUCUGUCUAUCCAUGCGGAGACAGCAGAGAGCCACAGUACGUUUACCUGUGAGCCAAUAGGACUACGGAUGUGCCAGGACCUGCCUUACAACACCACCUUCAUGCCCAACCUCCUCAACCACUACGACCAGCAGACGGCCGCGCUCGCCAUGGAGCCCUUCCACCCCAUGGUGAACCUGCAGUGUUCGGAGGACCUGAGGAUGUUCCUAUGUGCCCUCUACGCUCCAGUCUGUAUGGAGUAUGGCCGCGUGUCCAUGCCCUGCCGAGCCCUGUGCCACCGCGCCAAGAGGGACUGCCACAAACUCAUGGAGAUGUUCGGUGUGACCUGGCCAGACGAGAUAGAGUGUAGCAGGUACCCAGACUGUGACGAGGCCUACCCCCGUACUGUGGACCUGCAAACCAGCGUGGACCCCACAGACAUCUCUCCCAUCUCCAUCCAGAGGGACUACGGCUUCUGGUGCCCCCGCGAGCUCAAGAUGGAGCCUGACCUGGGCUACUCGUUCCUGGGCACGCGCGACUGCUCGGCCCCCUGCCCCAACAUGUACUUCCAGCGCUCGGAGCUCACCUUCGCCCGCUACUUCAUCGGCGUGGUGUCUAUCGUGUGUCUCGCGGCGACGCUCUUCACCUUCCUCACGUUUCUCAUCGACGUCACGAGGUUCCGCUACCCCGAGCGGCCAAUCAUCUUCUACGCCAUCUGCUACAUGAUGGUGUCACUGGUCUUCUUUCUGGGCUUCCUAUUGGAGGACAGGGUGGCGUGCAAUGCGUCGAACCCCGCCCAGUACCGGGCGGCCACCGUCACGCAGGGCUCACACAACAAGGUGUGCUCUCUGUUCUUUAUGGUGCUGUAUUUCUUCACCAUGGCUGGCAGUGUGUGGUGGGUCAUCCUCACCAUCACCUGGUUCCUGGCGGCCGUUCCCAAAUGGGGCAGCGAGGCCAUCGAGAAGAAGGCCCUGCUCUUCCACACCUGCGCUUGGGGCCUGCCCGGCUGCCUCACCGUGGCCCUGCUGGCCCUCAACAAGAUUGAGGGCGACGGUGUGAGUGGGGUGUGCUUCAUAGGCCUCUACGACGUCACAGCGCUGCGCUGGUUCCUGCUAGCACCGCUCUGCCUCAACGUGGCGGUGGGUGUAUCUCUGUUACUGGUGGGCAUCGUGGCACUGAACCGUGUGCGUAUGGAGAUCCCUCUGGAGAAGGAGAACCAGGACAAGCUGGUGAAGUUUAUGAUCCGUAUCGGGGUUUUCUCUGUGCUCUACCUGGUACCUCUGCUCACGGUGAUAUCCUGCUACCUGUAUGAACAUAGCAACAGGGCUGUCUGGGAGAUCACCUGGGUCCAGGAGCACUGCAGAGACUACCACAUACCCUGUCCCUACCAGGUUGAGCAGACCAGUCACCCAGAUCUGACCCUGUUCCUCAUUAAGUACAUGAUGAUGCUGGUGGUGGGGAUUCCUUCGGUUUUCUGGGUAGGCAGCAAGAAGACCUGCUUCGAAUGGGCCAGCUUUCUACAAGGACGCAGACGCAAAGAUAGUGGGGUGAAUGAGAGCAGACAGGUGCUCCAGGAGCCAGACUUUGCCCAAUCUCUACUGAGAGACCCCCACACCCCCAUCAUCAGGAAAUCACGGGGAACCUCCACCCAGGGCACCUCCACCCACGCCUCUUCCACUCACCUGGCCAUUCUGGAAGAGCCUGAUGACCCUAGACACGCCCCCGACGACCGUGGACCAAUCCACUCUCUGGGCCACGCCUCCUCCACCCGCAGCAAGGCUGGCAGCAUACACAGCAAGACCAGUUACCAUGGCAGCCUGCAUCGCUCCCGAGAUGGACGCUACACCCCCUGUAGUUACAGAGGCGGCGAGGAGCAAACAAUACACCCCCACAGCAGCAUGCCUCACCUCGACCAUCCGCUGUCCACUCACAGCAGCCUCCACCGACUGGAAUCCCAAUCACGGCACAGUAGCCAGCGUGAUCUCGUCGUUGCCUCACCCACCCGUAUCACCCACGGGACGAGCGGUGGCCGCGUCGCUAAUGAUGACGAUGGAGCCAGCGCCUGACCGGAAUCAGGAAAUGUCAUCACCGCGGAACAGGAAGUUGUGAGUUGUUGACCCGCUCCCCACCUUUGACAGACACAUAGGUUCCUCACAUUCAGGAGGAGGGGUGUGAGGGGGUGUGGCCUUCCGUUCUAUCUGACAAAUGGAUCACUCCUGGACAGCCUUUCACUGAGGUUGCUAAUUAGCGAGAUGCUAAUUGCUAAACCUCAGUCAAGCAGUUGACAUUGGACUGGGCUCCCUACAGAGAGACUGGUUACAGAGAGCCAGCCCACUAUGGAUGACGUGGGUUGUGUACCGGGGUUGCAACCAAAAUUAUUUUCAUUCCAUUUAACUGUUCCAACCAGCAAAAUAAAGUUAUGAACUGGUUCGAAUCCCCCAAAAAGUAUGUUUUAUAUAGGUCCUUUCUGUUCCUUUUUUAAAUCUCCGAAUUUUUUAUUUUUUAAAAACAUUUUAGCUCGACAUUAAAUGACUUCACCAAUGAAUGGAGUGGGUAUGCUAUGUACAUGCAUUGGACAGACAAGUGUUGUGUAGUGUAUGAGAUGAGACUGAAAUUUUGCGGGUGAGAAGAGUGCUGGGCAUGAAGAGCUGGGCAUCUUGUUGUUAUGACAUACAUUAUCUGAAUUAGCCCCACAGAAUUAUACCUACGGAGGAGGAGCUUCUAUGAAUGAACUUUGAAUGUCUUUGAACUUCAGAGAGUUGGGUUGACUAAUGUUGAACCAGAGCUAGCCCUUGACCAUGACUCGUUUCCAUGACAUUACACAUAAUUCCGCCUAGACCAGCGCUAGCUAGCUAGCGAACACGCUUGUGUGUGCAGAGCGGCACCAGAGAUAAAAUGUUUAAAAUACUGCAUUUUGUAGUUAAUAAAUCCAAUGUGAAACCUGAUAACUAUCCUUAACUACCAUUGAACAAGUUAAUCCAUUGUUCUCUAAUAAAAAAUAUCUGAAUCAUUUUCAGCUGGCAGGCAGGCAGACACUGGAAUACGUUUCUGAGUGACAAAGCGAGGGCUUUGCAUAGGUGCUUGGUUGCAUUUUUUUGUGGAACUGGGGAAAAAAAUGCCCGGAAAGUAAAAGAACAUUAUUAACCGGUUCCCAUUCUUUUAAAAUAACGGUUCUGAUCCGGAACAGUAUAGAUCACUUUCGUUCUCGGUUCUGUCCCUUGAAAUGUUUAGUUCUUUUAUGGUUUUCGGUUCUGUUCCCUGAACUGGUUCCAACCCCUGGUUGUGUGUGUACUCUGAUACACACAAAGCAAUUAGGAGAUGAGCUGUCAAUGUCUGUGUUACGGUGCUCUUGUGCUGUGGCUGUGAAACUACUAUUAUUUUUUCUACUGUGAAGAUUGGCUGUGAAUAUUGCUGAAAAGAUGAGCGACGAGUAUUUGUGUGCUUACGUGUGUACAUGCAGUGCUGUACAUUAAACCGCAUUAUACUCCCACCAGGUGGAGAAAAAGGAGAGGAACGUAUAAGAGAGGAAGCGAAGGAAGCUAGGGGAAAAGGUGUAGCUUUGAAACAACCCUUAGGCACUCCUGUUUUCAUAUGAUCAUUCCUUCACCUUGCCUUCCGAUGGGCUCGGUGGAAUUCAUACCAUAUUGCUGCUGGAGUUCAUUGGGAAUAGUUUCAAUUUGGCAUUCAGAAAGCUACGGUAGAAUGAUCGAAAGGGAAGGAAAGGGAGGGAGGGCGCUCAGUUUGCUGCUGCUCCAGAGCUUUGCAGAGGAAUG